CAUAGACGGUCAGUUUUUAAAGGAUAAUAUGUAGAAAUAUUUGAUUUACAAGAUAUUCGCUUAAAUAAGGAAAGCAGAAAGAGACCUAAAGUGGCGGGAUUCCAAAUUUAACAGCUAUUCACAGCCAAAAAAAGCUAUUGAGCGGCGAUCCGAUUCUGACUCUCUCUCUCGUUUUCGUUUCAAUCAUCUUUCUCCAGAAAAUUUUGAUAGAAAGAGCAACCAAACAAGCAGAAAAAGAGGGUUCAUCAUCAAUAUCUUCAUUAACACGAUUAAUUUACGCCCAAGCAACUUUGCCAGCUAGGUUUGAGUUUUCGCCCUAGAGAUCACAAUGGAGAAGAAGAAGUAUCCGAUAGGGCCAGAGCACUACACCAUCUACGAGGUGAUCGGACAAGGUGUCAGUGCUUUAGUUCACCGUGCCUUGUGCAUCCCUUUCGAUGAAGUCGUUGCUAUUAAGAUCCUCGAUUUCGAACGAGACAACUGCGACCUGAACAACAUUUCGCGUGAAGCGCAGACGAUGAUGCUUGUUGAUCAUCUCAAUUUGUUGAAAUCGCAUUGCUCUUUCGUUAGUGAUCACAAUCUGUGGGUCGUCAUGCCUUACAUGUCUGGUGGUUCUUGUCUUCACAUAUUGAAAGCUGCUUACCCUGAUGGCUUUGAGGAAGUUAUUAUAGCUACGAUUCUGCGUGAGGCCUUGAAGGGGUUGGACUAUCUCCAUCAGCAUGGACACAUACAUCGUGAUGUCAAAGCGGGGAAUAUUCUGCUUGGUGCUCGUGGUGCGAUCAAGUUGGGAGACUUUGGUGUAUCUGCGUGUCUCUUUGAUUCGGGUGAUAGGCAACGUACGAGGAACACAUUUGUUGGAACACCUUGCUGGAUGGCACCUGAAGUCAUGGAGCAGUUACAUGGUUAUGACUUCAAGGCGGAUAUUUGGUCGUUUGGUAUAACUGGGCUAGAGCUUGCACAUGGCCACGCUCCUUUCUCUAAAUAUCCACCGAUGAAGGUUCUGCUUAUGACCUUGCAAAAUGCACCACCAGGGCUGGAUUAUGAAAGAGAUAGGAAGUUUUCAAGGUCUUUCAAGCAGAUGAUUGCAAGUUGUCUAGUCAAAGACCCUUCCAAACGCCCAUCUGCCAAAAAAUUGUUAAAGCAUUCCUUUUUCAAGCAAGCGAGGUCAAGCGACUACAUUGCACGAAAACUUCUGGAUGGGUUACCAGAUCUAGUUAAUCGUGUUCAAGCAAUAAAGAAAAAGGAAGAAGAUAUGCUUGCACAAGAGAAAAUGGCAGAUGGAGAGAAGGAGGAACUCUCCCAGAAUGAAUACAAGAGAGGUAUUAGUGGGUGGAAUUUCAAUCUAGAUGACAUGAAAGCCCAAGCUUCAUUGAUCCAGGACAUAGAUUGUGGCUUGUCUGAGAGCAGUUUAUCUGAAAGCACAACUUCGUUGCAGGCUCUAGAUUCACAGGAUAUGCAAUUAGAGACUCAGGAAGAUACUUGUCAACUUCCUAAUAAGUAUCUCCAGCCACUUAUUCACCGAACUCUAAGUAUCGCAAGGGAUAAAUCUGAUGAUGAUAUAAGUGUUGCCAGCCCCAGUUAUGAUAACUAUGUAUAUUCCUCUCCCCGGCAUGAGGAUCUAUCUCUAUAUAAUGUUGCAAGUGCGCAUGCAAUCAAUGGGAAAUCAACGGAUUCCACAUCUAUCGCAACCAAUCAACCAACAGAGAUUCCAGCAGGAAGCUGUGUCAGUAAGGGAGAGAGUGAUAAAACCCAAGAUCAGCUUCAAAAUGGGUUAACCUGCAAUGGGGCACAUCCUCCAGUGGGAGGAGAUGAAGUACCAACGGAGCUGGCUGUUAAACCACCCAGAACUUUGAGCCUAGAUGAAUCUGAAGACAAAUCCAAGCCGCCAGUUGUGCAGCAAAGAGGGCGUUUUAAAGUAACUUCUGAAAAUCUUGAUAUUGACAAGGUGGUUCCAUCUCCAAUAUUGCAAAAGAGUCACAGCAUGCAGGUUUGUAAUAAUAGUUCCGAGGUGCUCGGCCAUCAUUCUGCUGCUUCUCUACCUCCCACUGUUUCAGGAGCUGAUGUCGCUUUACCAAACCUAACCAGCUCAUACGUUUACCCGCUGGUAUAUCCAGUUCUGCAGACCAAUAUACUGGAAAGGGAUAACAUUUUGCAUAUGAUGAAAGUACUCACCAACAGAGAGCUGACAGAGGGACGUUCAGCUGAACCAGGAAGCGUACAACAACCUAAUGUAGCUCCUACUGAAAAAUCAAUGCUUGAAGCAGCACAUGAAAGAGAGAAAGAGUUGCUCCAUGACAUAACUGACCUGCAAUGGAGGCUCAUCUGUGCAGAAGAAGAGCUUCAGAAAUACAAAACCGAACACGCCCAUGUUUGAUUUUCAAGAAACCUGAGGAGAUGUGUGCUAUCUAAGUAUAAGAAAUUUGGAUUCAUCCUCAGCACUAAGUAUGUCAAUAAAGAUAUAAGAGAUCUAAUGAAGGAAAGAUUUGCUUUCAGAUGUUUUGUAAUUUGAUUCAUAAGUACAUCGUCCUUGUCCCUAACAUCACUUCUGUGUUAUAUAUCUGACCUGUUAGGGUUAAGUAAUAUGUACCAUGGUAGCUAUUUGAUAACCAUGGCUACAUAAUGAUAUGUGCAAUAUUGAUACAAAAAGGGUUAUUAUUAUUUUUUAAAACUUUUA